AUGUGGCCUCUAUGUCUUGGAGCAUUGGUUUUUGUAGGCAUCACACAUUGGGUUUAUAGAUGGAGAAAUCCUAGUUGCAAUGGAAAACUCCCGCCAGGUUCAAUGGGUUUUCCAUUUCUGGGUGAGACCCUUCAGUUUUUCUCCCCCAACACCUCUUCUGAUAUUCCUCCUUUCAUCAAACAGAGAAUGAAAAGGUAUGGACCAAUCUUCAAGACCAACUUGGUUGGACGGCCAGUUGUAGUAUCAACAGACCCUGAACUUAAUUACUUCAUCUUCCAACAAGAGGGGCAAGUGUUCCAAAGCUGGUACCCAGACACAUUCACAGAGAUCUUUGGGCGACAAAAUGUUGGUUCCUUACAUGGCUUCAUGUACAAGUACCUUAAGAACCUGGUGCUCAAUCUUUUUGGUCCUGAAAGCCUUAAAAAGAUGCUCCCAGAAGUUGAACAAGCAGCGUGCACAACAUUAGAGAAGUGGUCAUGUGAGGACAGCGUUGAGUUGAAGGAAGCAACAGCAAGGAUGAUAUUUGAUUUGACCGCAAAAAAACUCAUCAGUUAUGAUUCAACCAAGGCCUCGGAGAAUUUAAGGGAAAACUUUGUUGCAUUUAUACAAGGACUCAUCUCCUUCCCUCUGGACGUUCCAGGAACAGCUUAUCACAAAUGUCUGCAGGGUAGGAAAAGGGCAAUGAAGAUGCUGAAGAACAUGCUGCAGGAAAGACGGGGAAUGCAAAGGAAAGAGCAAAAUGAUUUCUUUGACUAUGUUAUUGAAGAACUUAAGAAGGAGGGAACAGUCCUCACUGAAGCGAUCGCUCUGGACCUCAUGUUUGUGCUCCUCUUUGCAAGCUUUGAAACCACUUCUCUCGCUCUCACUUAUGCCAUCAAAUUACUCUCGAACCAUCCCUUAGUGCUCAAGCAAUUACAAGAGGAACAUGAAGCCAUCCUCAAACGACGUGAAGAUCCUAACUCUGGAAUCACGUGGAAGGAAUACAAAUCAAUGACAUUUACAUUUCAGUUCAUAAAUGAAACCGUGAGACUCGCAAAUAUUGUUCCAGGAAUCUUCCGGAAGACACUGAGGGAUAUUAAUUUUAAGGGAUAUACAAUACCAGCAGGUUGGGCAGUUAUGGUGUGUCCCCCAGCUGUGCAUUUGAAUCCAGCGAAAUAUCAGGAUCCUCUUGCCUUCAACCCAUGGAGAUGGGAGGGAGUGGAACUAAAUGGUGCCAGCAAACAUUUCAUGGCUUUCGGUGGAGGCAUGAGAUUUUGUGUUGGAACAGACUUCACUAAAGUUCAGAUGGCUAUAUUUCUUCAUAGUUUGGUAACGAAAUGCCGAUGGCGACCCGUCAAAGGAGGAAAUAUCGUUCGAACUCCUGGUUUACAAUUUCCAAAUGGCUUUCACGUCCAGAUCAUGGAGAAAGAUCAAAGCAAACAGGAUCCAGAGUUUAUCAAUACAAAUUAG